CUUACAAUCUUUACCAAUUAUUUAAAUUUAUUAAACACUGGAUCCACAAUUUCAGAAUUGCAACGUUUAGACCUCGAGGAACGCUUUAGUAGAUUCAAUGUUAUGUACACUGAAUUCGAUGCAUUGCAGAGCGAGAUCGAGAUGCUCGAGGAGGACCCCGAGGACCUGCUCGAGGAGCGCGAGGACUUCGAGCGCCAGUACUUCAGCCAGGUGGCCCUCGCACGCUCUCUGCUUGGGGUUUCUUCCAAAGCAUUGGUGAACGUCUUGAACACUUCGGGCGAGAAGUACACUGCCCGGCUACUACUGGACAACGUGAAGGCUGUACAUUUGGAGCUUGUUACGGACCUCACCACCGAAGCUUACAUGGCUGCUCUGAAUCGGUUCGUGGCGCGGCGAGGCAAGCCUCAAAGCAUCACGUCCGAUAAUGGCACUAACUUUGUCGGUGCAUCGAAUGAUCUUCAAAGGUUCCUUUCGAACCAAGACGAAAUGGUUGGCAUCCACAGGCGAGGUCAAGCCUGGACAGCUGGUGCUCAUCAAGGAGAAGACCCCGCCACUGCUCUGGUCACUAGGGCGGGUCGUGAAGACCUAUCCAGGCGUGGAUGGCAUCACCAGGGUGGCCGAGUUGAAGACCAAGAGGGGGACCAUACGUCGAGCCUUCAACUGCAUCUGCCCGCUUCCACUUCAUUGAAGAAGAUGACUCUUCAACCCGGGGAGUAUGUUGGCGCUUCUCGAGUCCUCGGGCUUCAUCGAGAUCGAUCGGCCAUCAUCGGCUCCGCGCGAGGCGCCGGCACACUCCGUACGUGCCCGACGCCCACUCAGCCUCACGACCGUCACCGGUGUCAGACGCGGACCUCCCACGUAGGCGCGAACUAG